GACAUCUGUUUAUUUUUACAUCUCCAACUGACGAGAGAGAGACAGACAGACAGAGAGACAGGCAGAGAGAGAGAGAGACAUGGCCACGACAACCUGUACGCGAUUCACGGACGAAUAUCAGCUGUACGAGGAGCUGGGGAAGGGAGCCUUUUCAGUGGUGCGCAGAUGUGUGAAGCUGUGCACAGGACAGGAGUAUGCUGCCAAAAUAAUCAACACCAAAAAGUUAUCUGCAAGAGAUCACCAGAAGCUGGAGCGAGAGGCUCGGAUUUGUCGUCUACUGAAGCACUCCAAUAUCGUUCGUCUUCAUGACAGUAUAUCAGAGGAGGGUUUCCACUACCUCCUGUUUGACUUGGUGACUGGAGGUGAGCUGUUUGAGGACAUCGUAGCCAGAGAGUAUUACAGCGAGGCCGACGCCAGUCAUUGCAUCCAGCAGAUCCUGGAGGCGGUGCUUCACUGCCAUCAAAUGGGCGUGGUGCACCGGGACCUGAAGCCAGAGAACCUGCUCCUGGCAAGCAAAUGCAAGAAUGCGGCAGUGAAGCUGGCCGACUUUGGCCUGGCCAUCGAGGUGCAGGGCGAUCAGCAGGCCUGGUUCGGAUUUGCCGGCACACCGGGGUACCUGUCCCCUGAAGUACUGAGGAAGGAGGCAUAUGGCAAACCUGUGGACAUCUGGGCCUGCGGGGUGAUCCUGUACAUCCUGCUGGUGGGUUACCCUCCUUUCUGGGACGAGGACCAGCACAAGCUGUACCAGCAGAUCAAAGCUGGAGCUUACGAUUUCCCGUCCCCGGAGUGGGACACAGUGACCCCUGAAGCGAAAAACUUGAUCAACCAGAUGCUGACCAUCAACCCAGCUAAGAGGAUCACCGCCCAGGAAGCUCUCAAGCACCCUUGGGUCUGCCAACGGUCCACAGUGGCUUCUAUGAUGCACAGACAGGAGACUGUGGAGUGUCUGAAGAAAUUCAAUGCCAGGAGGAAACUAAAGGGGGCCAUUCUCACCACCAUGCUGGUUUCACGAAACUUCUCUGUGGGCAGCAGGCAGACCACCGCUCCAGCCUCUGUCACUGCGGCCGCCGCAGCAGUGGCUGCAGCCGCCGGCACCACCGCAGGGCUGGUGGAACAAGCAGCCAAGAGCUUGCUCAACAAGAAGGCAGAUGUUAAGAAACGCAAGUCCAGCUCUACUGUCCAGUACAUGCCUCAGACAAACAGCACCAAAAACAGCAUAGUCACCAGCCCCAAAGGAAACAUCCCUUCACCUGCUCUGGAACCUCAGACUACCGUCAUCCAUAAUCCAGUGGACGGGACGAAGGAAUCAUCUGACAGCAGCAACACCACUGUGGAGGAUGAGGAUGUGAAAGGGAAGAGUUUAGACAACAGUCCCGUUAAGACCCAGUCCAGCACAAGCUCCCAGCCUGAUACCUCUCAGGGCCCCUCACCUGCUGCCUACUCUGCUGCAAAGUUUGCUGACCUGUUGGGCUCAGUUCGUAGGGGCUCAGGGCCCAUAUCCGACGGGGAGGGGCGAUCCAGCACCCCACCUCCAGCAGCCCUGUCCGCCCCUUCCCCUCCACACACCCCCGUCGUCCCUAUGCAGAUGUCCAGACUCACAGACCUGGUAAGCAGUGUCCGCAGGGCGCCGGCAGCCCCUGCACCUGAAGGUGAUGCUGCCCCGGCACCAGCUCCCAUCGCCAGGCCCACCCCCCCACCUGCACACACCACCUCCCCACCUCCCCCUCGCUCUCCCCCCAGCCCCUCCCUCUCUUCCUCGCAGACACGUAAACAAGAAAUCAUCAAGAUCACUGAGCAGCUGAUAGAGGCAGUCAACAAUGGAGACUUUGAGGCAUACGCUAAGAUCUGCGAUCCUGGACUGACCUCAUUUGAGCCGGAGGCACUGGGGAACCUUGUAGAGGGCAUGGAUUUCCACAGAUUCUACUUUGAGAACCUUCUGGCUAAGAACAGCAAGCCCAUCCACACCACCAUCCUGAACCCCCACGUCCACCUGAUCGGUGAGGACGCAGCCUGCAUCGCCUACAUCCGCCUCACUCAGUUUGUGGAUGGCCAGGGUCGGCCGCGGUCCAGCCAGUCGGAGGAAACUCGCGUCUGGCAUCGCAGAGACAGCAAGUGGCAGAACGUCCAUUUUCACUGCUCAGGUGCGCCAGCCGCGCCACUACAGUGAGGGUCGAAUGCCAUAGCUUUGUCUGUCAGGAGUGCUCUGCUGGAGUGAGAGAGAGGAAGAGGAGGAUGAGGUGGAAGGGAUGGAAGAGCAAGUCCAGUGUCGGGGGAGGGGGUGGUGGGGUCUGUGGCCCCUCACCGGGCACCUGGCCUCAACCCCCAGCAUGCAUCUCUUCUUUUACUUCUACCACCCCCCUGUCUGUCGCCUGCCCUGCCACAGCCAACCACCGACGACCAUCCAGCAGCGACUCAACUUUGCCAACAGCUCAGCAUCCUUCACCUCGCGCUCUCCCUCCGCCCUCACUCCCCCUUUUCUUCCCUCCGACACACUGGGUGGUUUGGGGGGGUCUUUUUUGGAGGGUGGGUGGGGUUGUGGUGUUUUCAAAACUCAGUGUGUGUUUCCUUCUUCCUGUGGUCUCUUCCCCCUCCCCACAGUUUUGUGACACCACCCCUCAUGUCCUCCGGUGAAUCCACACUUGUGUGACAUAAACACUGCACUGGAAAAACAGUAUGUAAAGUUUUAAGUAAAAUCUAUUAUUAUCAUUACUAUUAUUAUUAUUAUUAAUAUUAUUAUUAUUACACAAUUGCAAUUGUAUAUGUAAUUUGUAUAAUUCAAAAUUCUUGAUGCCAGUGAUUUCUAGAGUUGAAGAAAAUCUUUAUUCUCUAUCUUUUUAAGGAAGCAUGUUUUUUUCCCCAAUAUUCACAGUGGCUGUUUUUUAUUGUGGCUAUUAAGUGGAAAAUGAUAUUGGCAGUUUUUGUAAUUUGCUUCUUGUAUGUUAUCUAUUAUACUGCGCCCAAACUCAUGUUGAAGAUUUUUUUUUUUUUUUUUUCGUUUUUCUUUUUUCUUUUUUCUUUUUUUUUUUUGGAAGGGGUGUAUCUGGUGGGGUGUCGAGUGCGAAUGUAAGAGAGCGAGUGAGUGCUUGUGUCGCGUGUUGGCCAUGUUAGGCAAGCACAUAGUGUGUGCUCGUCCAGAAAUAAUGAAUUUUGUACAGUUUGUGAAAGCUUUGUUUUAUUUUUUUCCUUGUUGCAAUGUGAAUGGCUAGAGAGGGGGUUCGCUAAGCCUGGUGUCUUCCUGCGUCAAAUCAUGAACAUUUCAAAUAUAUUUGUGUUAAAAGGCAUCGGAAGGAGAGUGUAAGCGUAUAACCAUGUGGUGUUAGUAUGCUCUAUAGCUCUCCUACUGGCAAAGUUUGAAACUGCAGCAUCACUAUGAAAAUGCACUGAUGACUGAAAGCAUGCUGCAAGUAUCACAUGUAGAACAAAUACAUGGCAACUUUUGCUUAGUUCCAUGUUCCCAUCCUAGUCCUUACCGUCCCUUUGCCUUGCACUUCUGCCUUGUCUUGUGCAGCAGGAAAAGGUUUAUAGUAAUCCUAGAGAGCAGCAUUGCAGCCUUAGCCCCUGUUUUUACCGGGAACCCAUUUUUUUUAGGCUAGGGGAGGUGAAAAGAUGCAUAAGGGAAGCGUUUCUUUAAUUGCUAGGCGACUACUGAAAACCUUGUUUUUUUUCCCCUCCAAGUUAAAAUAUGUUUAACUCGCUUAACUUUUUGUGCUGUCCUGAACGCAACAGCAGGCCAUAUUCAGUUCAAAGUGUCAAGGAAGAGAAGCAGAUGCUGUAAAGAGAGGGUCCCUGUGGAGUCAUAACCUUUCUCACUUCUGAAGCCAUAGUGCAAAAAGCUGGUGCUACUGUCCGUUUUUCUAUACACACCACAUAAUAUACAGCUCGCUUGGGAACUUCAGAGUACGGAAGCGUCCUUUAAAGCCGUGCUUAGGCUUGCUUCAGGGUUUAACACAAAGUUUUAAGGGUCUGUCUGCGUUGAUGGCCCUGAGUUCAUGAAAGUGACAUUUUGGUUUGCGCCACCUCUGUUCAGUGGUCUGGUUUCUCAUGUAAGGAUAGCCAUAUGCCACAGGGUGCAAAAGGUGUUUGUGUAUGUGUAUGUGUGUGUGUGUGUGUGUGUGUGUGUGUGUGAGAGAGAGAGAGAGAGAGAGGGGCAAGAUGUAGUCGUGUACAUCCAUUGCUCUCAGAUCAAGCUCUUUAAAACCCUGGGGGAGAUUUUGCAGCGUGUGGUAUGAGAGAGGGAAGUUGGAAGGCGAAGGCUUUAUUUCAGAGGACAUAUCAGCCCUCCGCCUUCAGUCCUGGACUUUUCUUUAUAAUUUGAUCUGUUUAUGUGUUUUGUUUCUGAUGUUCUUCCUCUCCUGCUCUUUGAUUUGUGUUACCAUCAAGUGUUAUCAGCUUUCGAUGAUAGAACACCAUGUUCUGGUGCCAGGGCUGUCAGGAAUGGACAGAUGGACUUUGCAGAGCUGAAAACUGAUUUUUGGGGGGUUUGACUUGCAGUCGGCUCCACAGUCCUUUGCUCGUCUGCCAUUGGCUGCCUUCAGAGUUGUCUCGCCCCUAUUGGUCAGACCAAGACAGAAGACGGCAGGCAGUCGGCUGGUUUGGUGGUUAGUCCUCAGGUUUAUAUUUAUUUGGACUAUUUAUUUAUUUAUUUUACUGUACAUUUUUAAUAUGUUUUCCUUUUUUGUUUUUGUUUUCCUAUUGUACAGCUCAUGCACUUGUGCAAGUACUGUCUGUCUGUUCAAAGGGACAUGGCUCUGUGGAAAAGAUGAGCAUUUUCAAUGGGAUAGUACACCCAAUUUGCAUCCUGCACGUGUUUUACUGUAACAACCGACCAACAAGGUGUGUUUUGUUUUUCUUUGCUGCUGCUUUUCUGUGGCAACUUGAUAGUAAAGUUGCUUUUGUCAUGAGCAUUUUUAGUGUGUUUUGACUCCAUUUUUUUCCUCCCCUCAGGCCAUGAUUUUCAAACAGCUUUGGCUGAGGGGAAAAUGUGUCUCUUAAAGCUCAUAUCAGACAGGUUUGUGUUUUGUGUGAACUAUCCCUCCCAUCAGAGGCUCUGUCACUGUGUUCCCAGUGACAGAGCUUUGGAAACCAAGGCUUUUCAAGGUGAACCACUGAGCUGUUGUAUUGUACUCGUGUGUCAUCCAGUGACCAUGUUCAUGCCUAGUUGACCCUGUUCUGAUACUAAAGAGGUCGAAGGUCAUCUGAAGGCGUUCAUGCGUGAUCGUGUUAACCAAACAUGACCCCCCCGCCCCCCCUCCAAAAAAGAAGAAAAAGCAGCAUGUACAGUACAAAGGUGUUGUUCUUCUGUUCUUCUUAGUGUGUUUACUAGCCUUGAAAAUCAGUAUAAUAAGAUUCACAUAUUUAAAAUGAGGGAGUACACAGUAUUACACAACUGCAACUAAUUAGCAUCGUAGCUGACAUUUUCUUUGCAUGACAAACAGGACACUUCUUUUUUGUUGGUGUUUUCCUUUUCAUUUGCUUUUUCAUUUUCUACUGAAUGCUGGUAUACUAAACCUUUAUCUAUUUUCUCAGCUUUUAAGUGCAUAUAACUAUUUUUGUCUGGAGAUGAUAUAAUAAAGAUGAUUAUGAGAAUGAUUCUAAUAAUGACUCUGGCACUGAGGAGGACUAUAAGGGUGAUGGUGGUGAUGGUGAUGGUGAUGAUGAUGAUGAUUUAGCAUGCUUUUCUAUGGAGCUCUGUGUUGUCAGUGCAGAGCGGCUGCCUUUUGUACAUAGCUAAGAGAAAACGAGGAGCACUUCCUGAGCAGAAGCACCAAGGCUGACUUGUACUUGGCUUGGCCUGCAUGUCACCUUGAGGACAUGCCACCUGAGUUCACACAUUAGCUGCAGCUGAAGGAAUGAACCAGCCCCAACAGGGGGCGCAGUCACACAGACUAAAGCACAAGUAGGACACAGAUGGAUGGCAGACGGAUGUUUGGAAGGCAGCUGCACAACAAUUUGAUUUUUGCAUCAAAUCCAACAGCAAAACAAUAUUUUAUCAUUGGAAAAUAAAAAACAGCUUACAUUUUAAUUGUAUGAUUAGAGCUGCACAGUUGUGGCUAAAAUGAUCAUUCUCAUAGUGUCUUAACCUCAUGAUCAGGUUUCUCUUGAUUUGAGAAACAAAAUGAUUGUCCUUUUUCCCUCCUGUGUCGACACUUUGACUAUUCUCAGCCACAUUUAAUUCAAUCAAAUGUUUCAUUUGCACCAAAUAACCAGUGUAUGAAUUAUCCUGACUAAAAUCAGGAUAUCCUAUCAGCUGUGCAGCCCUACAUAUAAUGUGCAGCAGCUGUCCUUCUCUGGGCUCUUGAGGUCACUUCCAGCUCUGCUGCUUUCCAGCGGCGGAGCGAGUGUGGACUCUGAUCCUCUGCCAUCUUCUUUCUCUGUCCAGUGACUACUACCAGUCGCACUGACAACACUGAGCUGCUUCUCUUCGUAGGCUGUCUUUCACUCUUUCUCCUAGUCCCUCUGUUUCCAGCCUUAUUCAAUCAUUUCUCUGCAGUUGGCUCUUUCUAGUUUCCCUUGUCUUUUUGUCAGUUUGGGUUUCUUCUGUAUAAUAAUAUUAAUCCUCUAGUUCUCCGAUUCCUGGAUUAUUGCUCUGUUCUCUUACGUGCUACACGUGUUUCUCUAACUUCAAGAAAAUGUGUUAAGGUGUUAUCAAUAAAAUGACAAUUUAAAU